UCCGCAGGUCCCGGCGGCAGCAGAGGCGCUGUCCGGCUCUGCAACGCGGCGGGUUUUGCCUCUGACGGUGGUCAGGCCGGUUGGGGGACGGAACUCUCGGUCUUCUCCGCUCACAUCCUCUGUGGCCCCAACAGGCGCUGGGAGCCUCGAGGCUGAACGCAAAAUGCCAGGCGAUGGGUUCACCAUUAAGAGCCGCAUCAGGAAUCUGCUGCGUUCUCCGUCAAUCAAGAACAAGAAAGGCAGCAAAGAAAGCCUCACCAGCAAGGUGACUUUAGAGAAGGUCCUGGGCAUCACGGCCUCUGGAAACAACGGGCUGGCCAGCGAUCCCCGCUCUGGACUGGUGGCCUACCCUGCAGGAUGUGCGGUGGUCUUGUUGAACCCCAAAAAGAGCAGACAGUACCACAUUAUCAACCCUUCAAGGAAAACCAUCACUGCUCUAUCAUUCUCUCCUGAUGGAAAGUACUUGGUGACGGGAGAGAGCGGUCACUUACCUGCAGUGAGGCUGUGGGACGUUGCGGAGAGACGGCAGGUGGCAGAGCUCCAGAAGCAUAAAUAUGGGGUGUCCUGUGUGGCUUUUUCCCCCAACGGAAAAUACAUAGUGAGCGUGGGAAACCAGCAUGACAUGAUGGUGAACGUCUGGGCGUGGAAGAAGGACGUAGUCGUGGCUGCUAACAAGGUUUCCAGUAAAGUGACAGGUGUGUCUUUCUCUGAGGACAGCUCCUACUUUGUGACGGUUGGAAACCGGCACGUCAGGUUCUGGUAUCUGGACCACUGCAAGGCCAGCAAGGCCCGGGCUCCUGUGCCUCUGCUGGGCCGCUCCGGCCUGCUGGGAGAGCUGAGGAACAACUUCUUCUGUGAUGUGGCUUGUGGGCGGGGCGCAAAAUCGGACUCCACCUUCUGCAUAACCUCCUCAGGGCUGCUGUGUGAGUUCAACAGCAAGAGGACGCUGGACAAGUGGGUGGACCUACGGACGGGCGUGGCCCAGUCCCUGUCUCUGUCUGAAGACACGAUCUUCUGCGGCUGUGCCGAUGGGACGGUGCGAGCCUUCAGCCCCGCCGACCUGCACUUUGUUUGCACGAUGCCGCGGCCGCACCCCCUGGGCUCCCACAUCUCUAGCGUCACGGAGGCCAGCCACCUUUUCAACACCAGGGUGGAUGCCCGAUACCCAGAUGCGAUCGCCGUUACCUAUGACCCUGUCAGCUGCUGGCUCAGCUGUGUGUACAGUGACCACAGUUUGUACGUUUGGGAUGUGAGAGAUGUGCAGAGGGUGGGGAAGGUGCACUCUGCCCUCUUCCACGCUGCAUGUGUCUGGGAUCUGGAGAUGUUUCCAGAUGUUCCUGGAGAAUUGGUUGCGGGACACUUAUCGGGCACAUUCCUGACGUGUUCAGCUGAUAACACCAUAAGGCUGUGGAACACAGAGGACUGGACGCAGUCUCGUGUCCAUUCUCAGAACAUCCUCAGCAAGGAUCUCCUGGACAUUAUUUACAUAGAUGGGAACACGAGUGCAUUGCUGGAUUCUGAAUCUACAACACACGGGAAUGCAGACAAGUCGGGGGAUGCGCAGACGUCGGAAAUCAGGACAGGCAUCAGAACCAUCUGUGUCAGCCCAGAUGGCAAACACCUGGCAUCUGGAGACCGCAACGGGAUGCUGAGGGUUCAUGACCUGAGCCGAAUGGAGGAGAUUCUGAAAGUGGAAGCCCACGACAAUGAGAUCCUCUGUCUGGAAUACAGCAAACCAGAAACAGGUCUGAAGCUGCUGGCCACAGCGAGCAGGGACCGCCUGAUCCACGUUCUGGAUGCAGCUGAUGACUACAGUCUGGUGCAGACGCUCGACGAGCACUCUUCAUCCAUAACAGCCGUCCGCUUUGCUGCCAAUGACAACAAGGUGAGGAUGAUCAGCUGUGGGGCCGACAAGAGCAUCUAUUUCCACACUGCACACAAGACUGACAGGGGAACAGAGUUCAGGCGUUCUCACCACAUGGUGAGGAAAACAACACUUUAUGACAUGGGUGUUGACGCCACCUGCAAGUACGCAGCUGUGGGCUGUCAGGACCGCAGCAUCAGGAUUUUUAACAUCAACAGUGGCAAACAGAAAAAGCUCUACAAAGGAUCUCUGAGCGAAGAUGGCAGUGUGCUCAAGGUUCAGGUCGAUCCUUCGGGUCAAUAUGUGGCCACCAGCUGCUCCGAUAAAAACAUCAGCAUCUUUGACUUCUACUCUGGGGAGUGCGUCGCCACUAUGUUUGGACAUUCUGAAAUUGCCACUGGAAUCAAGUUUACCAAUGACUGCAAAUAUUUGAUCUCUGUAUCAGGAGACAGCUGUAUCUUUGUGUGGCGACUUGCUCCGGAGCUGACGAUCAGCAUGAGGGAGAGGCUGUUCCAACUCCAACAGAACCCAAACGUACCAGCCUGCCGCACCUCCAGACUCAGGCGGGAGGUGCACAGCGCUCCUAUUCUGAGUGCUCUGUCCUCUGACAGUGAGCGGGAGCAUGAGGAAGGGCAGGAGGAGGAGGAAGAGGAGGAGGAGGAAGAGGAAGAGGGCAGAGUGGAGAACGAGGAAACCAACGACGCUGAUGACAACGCAAGCACGGCUUCUUCUGACAGCAGCCACGGAGAGGAGGACACAGAGGGCUCAGACGACGGACAGACCUGGGAGCCGAGAAAGCAGGACGUCGUCACCCAGGUGACUCCGGACCCCACUAAGCGUCCGCGGAGGCGUUGGUCUCACCGUAUGGGCUCCCUGGAGCUCAUGGUUAAAUCAAUGCUGGAUCUGAGGCAGCUGGAGACCUUCAGUCACAAGAAAAACCUCAACUGCCCCCCCUGCGACCGGGAGAGAAGGAGCACAUCCAGCCUCAACGAGCCCCAGUUGGAUGAGAGAUCCAGGAGACGCCGGGCGUGGCUUUCCUCACCCACUGCCAAGGGUGGAAAGGGAAGCAAUGGGGCUGUACUCUUUCCCGAGGAAAACGAGGAAGACUCGGGUCCUCUGGACAGUGACUACAUGGUGAAGGAGCAGCGCUGUGCUGCGCAGGGCCGGGGCUUCUGCCCGGAGAGCCAGGACAGCCACAGCCCGGACAGCGCCUGCUCGCUGGGCUACGACAGCAGGGAGUCCAGCCCGGACCGCGUCCUGGACGAUGUAGAGUCUCUGAGCCAGGCCAGCUCCGAGGAGGAGAGAGAAGAGAAGGAAGAGGAAAGGAAGACGACAGUCAUCACGAGCAUGGACGAGGCUCUGAGGACGGUGAAUGCUGCCGCUGACCACAGUCCAGAGGACUUCCUCAAGCAGAACUUUGAGGCACUGGCAGAAAGCUCCAGUACAGCAGAGCAGAGAGGAGUCACCAGACUCAGUAUGUCUUCACGUUUUCUGGCCCGAGGACAUAAUAACAGGACUGUGCUUCCAUUUGCCAAGGUGACCGGAAAGGAGCAAACCAGCAUCGCAGCAAAGCCUCCAGUUUCAAAAGUUCGGCCCUUGAUGGAUGACGGAACAAGCAAAAAGCCAGAGGACAAGAUCUCUGGGGCCCUCGGAACGAUUGAGAUGGCUCCAGAGAGAUACUCUCCGCCUAAACUUAGACCCUUGAAGAAGAAGAGCUCAGAGACUCACCUUUGGAGGAUGUCCAGUCCUCAGCCUAAAGCUUUGGGGCUGUUUGACCGGGCGGCUUGUUUACAGAAGUCACAAUCUGCACAGGACCUGUCCACAGGCACUCUUCGCUCCCCUGUGCCACCUAGUGCCCAGAGGGAGGUCAACGGGAGACCUCAGCAGCUUGCUCUGGCUCACAACGCCCUCCAACCUUCCUUUCAAUUUUCUCCACCUUCCUCUGGGUCCUCACAGUCACCCCUACCGUGGGAAAGCCUCAAGCUAAAGCCGCAGCACUCCUAUAUGAACCCAACUGCCAGCUCCUUGGCCAAAAGCAGCCGUUCCUCCUCUCUUGGGGACGAUCUCCAGUCGGGCUCUCCUCCAGGUUCCCCACGUUUCCUCAAAAGCAGGAGUUCGUCAGAGGAGCUGGAGCUUGAGCCUCCCCUGCUUUCCUCAUCUCCUGUCACGAUUUUUCCAUGUUCCCUCUCAUCGUCCUCAUCCUUCAUAUCCAGUCCCCCAUCAAAGAGCCCCUCUCCUCCUCCUCCUCACCUUACGGCAGCUCAUUCUAAUCAGGGCGCUCCACCCUCUCGCAUCCCACUGCCCAAACAGCCCCUGAGCCCUCGGCGCAGUCUGUGCCUGGAGGUGAAGCCAAGCUCAAGCUGGUCUGGAAGCACAGCAGGGCCCCCCCCCCCCACAGCGGACGCGGGGGGUGACGUCUCAGCGUUUCCUGGAAAAAAUCAUGCACGAUGCAGGCAGAUGUCUUUCACCUCGGACUCUUCGGCACCGAGUUCCCUGCCUGUGCGGCAGAAAAAGGACUCUGUAUCCGAGAGUGUCAAGGAGGAAGGUCGUGCAGCUAAAGAGUGCCAUCUGGUGCCGAAAGAGGCUUCCAGCCCACAGACAGAUCACUCGGUCACCAUGGAGAUGUGCAGGCAGGCUGUUGGCGAUCUUCACAGCAGUCUGAGGAAAACCAUCAUGCUGUACACCGCGCUGCUACAAGAUGACCAGCAUCCCCGUGAAGAUAAACAGGAGAUGAGGAACACCCUGUCGGAGGCCCUGUUCACAGUCAAGUCUGAACUGGAGUCUCUGCCUCCCGUCACCUCACAGUGUGAAGGACCCCAUACGGUAAAAGGUGAAGGUGACAAAGCCCUGGCUCUGCUGGAGCAGUACGCCGAGCUGCUGCUGAAGUCUGUGGAGAGGAGACUAGAUACCAAGAGCUGA